ACCUUCACUAUCCGACUAUCAUGACGUGUACGACUUAAAUCUCUUGAUUACUCAACUGACGGUUGUGACUUGCGUGGUCGUUGGAUUUCGGAGUUGGUGGAAUUGAAAAUUUUCAGAUUAUCGUAUUUCUUUCUUUGAUUAGUUUGAUGGAUUAAAAAUUGUCUUAAUUUAGAAAUCUGUUUUCUUCUUUGAGUUGUGGAAGUUUUUUAACAUGGUUUAAUCUGGAAGAAUGUCACGACAUAGAAAUGUUAGAUCUAUUAACUAUUCUGAUGAGUAUGACGGAUAUGAUGAUGUAUACGGUCAUUCAGUAGAAGACGACCAUUGCAUAUCUCCUAGUGAUGCGGCAUUUAUGUAUGAUCGUAGUAGCAGACAGACACAAAUCUCAGCAUUUAUAACAGAAGAGGACGAUAUUGCAGAAGAAGAUGAGAAUGAGGAGCAUCUAGAGAGACGAGAUUCUGACAGCUUUAAAUAUCCAGAACUGAGUGAUGUAGAUGAAGCGAGACUGAGGUCUUGCCUGGAUGAGAUUCAUAGUGUAAUUGGUGAUUCUAUUCCAGAAAAUAUAGUUGUUGAAACAAUCAUCCAGAAAAACUUUGAUAUAGCUCUUGCACUAGACUCACUUCUGAACUCUCCUAAUCGAAAAAAAGAAGAAGAACCAAAACCACAGCGAAUUCGCCGCGCUAGAGGUCUUGAAAAAGAUGAUAAUUCAAGUCUGAGUUUAUCUUACAGUCAAGCCAGAGUAUUUAAAAGAAAAAAGCUUGGUGUUGCCUAUUUAUUUCCAAAUUUAAGUGAAUCAGUUAUAAGUCAGACCAAAAAUAAUACAGCUUUAUAUAAAAAAAAGAAUACAAGUGUUAAUCCUCGGAUCCAUACAAACAAUUUUAAUGAGCAGCAGCUAAAAAAUUCAGUUAUUUCUGAAUUUAGAGGUCAUCAGAAUUUUAAAUCUAUUAAUAAGAAAAUGGAUUCUUUUACUAAUACUGAUGCAGAUGAAAAUGUUAGUAAUUUGACAAAACAGUGCUUUGACUCAAAGCCAGAGACAAAAAAGGUUUCAUCCUUGUCUAAUUUAACAGCAAAAUAUAAUAAAACAAGAAAUACUGUUGGUUCAUUUUCCAAUGUAAAUUCAUUAAAGUACGUUGUAGAAAAAGAUGGAAGUAAUCAAGAUACAAUAAGACAUGAACCAAGAACUCCAAGUAAUAAAUAUCUAAAACAAACUAAAUGUUUAGAACUUAAGCCACUUUAUCCCAGCUCAAGUGAAGAAGAUAGUUCAGAUUCAGAAUUUUCUGGAUUGUCAUUAGCUGGAUUAGCUGCCAAACAUAAAAUUGAUUCAAUACAAAAGUUUGAAGAUUUGAGUGACAAAAAAAUGACAGACUUAAAAGAUGAUUUUAAUGUUAUGACUUUAACUGGCGGGUCCAGAAAUCAUCAUUAUACACUUGAUAGUCCAUCAGAAUUAUGUUACAGACUAGCCACAGAAAUCAGACUUAGAACUGACACAAUGAAUGAAACUACUGAGCUUAAAACCGAUAGCACAUGCAGAAUUUUAAAUCAAGUUUUGUAUAAACCAACCAGUAGCUCAAACAUCGAAGGAGUGACAUCUAGUUAUAUAAAAACAAAUUUUCAAGAGGAUUCAGAUUCUGAUGAGUCAAUUUCUUUGGCUGGUCUGGUACUAAAACAUGCCAAGAAUGUUUCUCAGCCCAAGACAGGAUCUGUUGAUGAUAUGAGUGAAAAUACAUCAACACAUCUCGCUGGAUGCUGUCCCAUGAGACAGUACACCAAAAGUGAAUCAGAUGGUACAAGCAAAAUUUUUCAAAAGGUGUCUAAACCGACAAGUGAAUCAAACACAGAAAUAGUGACAUCUAGUUAUGUAACAAUGAAUUUUCAAGAUGAUUCAGAUUCUGAUGAGUCAAUUUCUUUAGCCGGUCUGGUACUAAAACAUACUAAGAGUAUUUCUCAGUCAGAGACAGGAUCUACAGAUGAUAUGAGUCAAAAUGUUUCUAUACCUCCCAUACCUGCAGGGAGUUGUCUUUUGAGACAGCACACCAAAAGCGAGUCAGACCGCUUUACACCUAGUAUCUUAACAUCAGAGAUGUUGAUGAAAAGAGGUUUUGAAAAUGAGAUGUCAACUUCUCUUGGUAGUUUAGGAGUUAGUUCUCGACCGGAUUCCUCAGAUUUUCAGUUUUAUCAGGGAUAUUCUCUCCCAGGGUCAUAUAGAAAAAAGAAUAAAGACUGCCACCUUGCGUCAAGUCUUGGUUCUAUUAGAGUGGCUAAGUCAGGAUUGGACUCAAUGAACUCAUUUUCAGAUCCAAAUGUCAGUGUAAAGCAUAACUCUAAACCGGUGAGUAAACACACGUUGAACCUUAAUAUUCCUUAUGUAAUCAAUACAGACCCUGAAGUUACUGUUGCUCACUAUGGAGGAAUUAAUUUGUCUUCUGCAAUCAAAAGUUCAUCGAAUACUACAGUUAACGAGAGUGUGGGAUCAGAGGGGUAUUUGGAUGUUUCCAGUGAACCAGAGACUGAUGAUAUUGUUACCCUUCUUGAUGCUGAAAGCACAUUGGUAAAAGAAGAAGUAAUGUCAUCACUCCUUCAUAGCUUAAUUACUGAUAAAGAUACAGUUGAUAGUUACAAUGGUACAAAGAGAGUAACAUCUGUGGUGGGUAAAAUGGAAGACAGUUGUAUUUUUGAUGCAAGUCAUAUCUUGAAACUAAAAUUGAAAUUGAGAACCACAAAAUGCUCUUCUUUUGGAAAAGUGAUUUGUAAAAAGUGGAGGUUAUCACAAAUGCCAUAUAUAAAGAGAGAAAAGUUCCAAACAACUGUAUUACCUUUUGAUUUUUUGACUCCCUCACCUGACGAUGAACUUGCCAGUUUACGAAGAAGGAGGAAUUUUUUGACUUGAGAAAAAUUUGCAGUAUCUUGUAAUUGUUAUUAUUAAAGGUUAUUUUUUAUUUAAUUCUCAUUUAUAUGCAAAUUAUAUAAAUUGGAUGUU